AUGUCUCUACCAAUCCUUAGAACCUUGUUCAUUACCACGGCCAUUCCCAUGGUGCUUGCAUUCUCAAGUGCAUUCGCAGCAUUUACAUGCAACGAGACGGCGCUCGCAAUCGCCGCGGACGCCUACAUUGCAGCCCAAACAGCAGGAGACUUCGACCUUCUCCGACCCGCUCUAUCCGCACACGUCCUGUACGUGGAAAACAAUCAAGUCAUCGACGUCCAGACGGACGUACUUACCCAAGCCCUGAAAAUCGACCAUCGUCGCACAACCACGGACCUGGUCACCUGCGCUACCUACAUCGAAAUCAUCGUCACGAAUCCCGCGAAUCCAUAUGUCAUCGGCACACAGCUUCGGAACGAUGAUGGGCAGAAGAUUACCUUGAUCGAUACCAUUGCUUCCACCACCAAUUCCUGGCGCUUCAAUGCUACAAAGACUUUAGAAUACGUAUUGCAAGAGGAUUGGUAAGUUAAAAAGACUCUGUGGGGGCGAGGAGAGGGGGUUCUUCUAUCGUAGUGGUUUCCCUUUGCUCUCGAACCAUACUCGAAACCCUCUCUCGAGGUUUCGCGAAGAAGUAGACUGACUCUGAGAUCUUCAUAAUCUAGGCAUCCCAUCCCAGAAGAUAAGCAGGACAGUCGGGAGACUCUUUUAGCCGCUGGAGAUGCAUACAUGAAUAUCUGGGGCAAUGCUUCCGCAUUCGACCUCGUGCCAUGGGGUACACCAUGCGAGAGAAUAGAGGGUGGUGAUUUAGUCCCAGACUGUCGCUCAGAGUUCGACCCCGAGCAUGCAACGGCUCCACCUGUCGUCCAUAGAAGAUAUGUAGUCGAUGUAUCACUGGAAGCGUGA